AUGACGGCUGAGGGUGAGGCCGAAAAGGCUCAUGUGGAUUCCGGCAUGCGUAUUCGUUACGCAGAUGAGGAACAACCUCAGGAAACCGGACGUAUUCCCUUGCAUAGAAAGACAUCGGUUGGCUCCAUGUCUAUUCGAAGUGCACGUAGGGUUGUUUCGCCAGAAAUUGUCCUUCCGAUUGCAUAUCGUACCCUUUCUUAUAACGUCGAAGAGUCAAUCCAAAGAGCGAAUGAGCCACCUGUUAAAGGAGCUGCGCAGAUUGUUGAUGGUAUAUCAGGGUUGGACUGGCAUUCUGCUACGGUUGGCAACUUAGUAUCACGACUGAAUACCUCGAUUUCCCAAGGUCUAUCUACAGAUGAAGCUCAGAAACGUAUCGUCGAAUAUGGCAAGAAUGCACCCACCCGGCCUCGUACCGAAUGGUUUCGCAAGAUCAUGGGAUACUUCUUUGGCGGGUUUGGAAUCUUGCUUUUGACUGGAUGUAUUCUUGUCUUUAUCGCCUGGAAACCCUUAGGAGACCCCCCAGCCCUCGCAAACCUAGCAUUGGCUAUUGUUCUCCUAGCGGUCUUCUUCAUCCAAGCCAGUUUCAAUGCCUGGCAGGACUGGUCAUCCUCGAGGGUCAUGGCUUCUAUUACCACUAUGCUUCCUGAUGACUGCACUGCUAUUCGGGACUCUGCUACCGUUGUAGUAUCGGCUAUUGACCUUGUACCUGGAGAUGUGAUUACAAUUAAACAGGGAAACAAGUUACCUUCUGAUAUCCGAUUUGUGGAGGUGUCAUCCGAUGCUAAGUUUGAUAGGUCCAUCCUAACUGGUGAAUCGGAACCUGUGGAUGGGACGGUUGAAUCUACUGAUAAGAACUUUUUAGAAACUCGCUGCAUCGGCCUUCAGGGAACACAUUGCGUUUCUGGUACCGCUACUGGCAUCUGCAUUGCAACAGGAGACAAAACUGUUUUUGGCCGCAUAGCCAACCUAACAAACAAGCCGAAUCGUGGACUUACACCAAUCCAAAAGGAAAUAUUACGCUUCGUCUUGAUAAUAGUUAGCUUCAUUGCCUCUGUCGUGAUACUUGUCGUUGUUGUCUGGGCUGCAUGGCUAAGAAAAGCACACCCCGACUGGAUCAACGUGCCACUACUCAUAGUCAACUGCGUGAGUAUCGGCAUAGCUUUCGUUCCGGAGGGUCUUCCCGUCGCCGUCGCGUUGAGUCUAACUAUCGGGGCCAAAAUCAUGAGAAAGAAUAAUAUUCUUUGCAAGUCCCUUUCAACGGUAGAAACUCUAGGAUCCGUGUCUGUUAUUUGCUCCGAUAAGACAGGAACUCUGACGAAGAAUGAAAUGUUCGUGACCAACUGCUUUGCGGGCGGGCAUGAAUACGGAGCAGAUGAUGCCAAGAAGUUCUUUGGAAGCAGAUGCAAAUCUCAAUAUAAUAAUACUGCUCUCGAGCGCACUCACAUUCUCGGUGCUCUCUGCAAUGCUGCUGAGAUAGAUGCGUCAACUCUCAAGCUUCCGGCGCAGUCAAUGAAAAUUCACGGAGAUCCCACGGAUCAAGCUAUACUACGAUUCUCCGAAUCCAUGGAGCCUACCCAGCAACACAAGAUGAAGUGGAAAAAGGUCUUUGAGAUUGCUUUCAGUAGCAAGAAUAAGUUUAUGAUCCGAGUUAUGUCCCCCAUAGCGCUGGGGGACUCAGAUAAUGCUGAACCAAGCUCAGAGAUGGAACUAUCUAUAAAAGGGGCGCCAGAUAUCUUGUUAUCACGCUGCCAUACGGCUCUUCAAAGCGAUGGCUCGAUUGCUCCGUUAUCUGAUACGGAUAGAGAAACUAUUGAAAGAGCAAAGGAUGAGUGGUCUACUGAAGGAAAGAGAGUGGUACUAGUCGCCAGAAAAGGUGUCACUCAGGCUAUUAGAAACUCUCUGAAAACGGCCCAGGCAGAGAAAUCUGUCACAGAUUUCGCAAUGUCUGGUUUGACUUUCGUUGGAAUGUGGGCGUUGAUUGAUCCACUGAGGGAUGAAAUCCCAGAUGUGAUCAAAACUCUACGUGGGGCUGGCAUAAGAAUACUGAUGGUGACGGGGGAUUUUAAACUUACAGCUCAAGCCAUUGCGGUGAACUGUGGGAUAAUCAAAUCUCAGGGUGCCUUGGUUCAUUCCAUUGACAAUUUACGCCGUGACUUUGCAAUAGAGCUACAUGGCAAAGAGGAAGAGCAAGAACGUCCACUCGUCAUCAGUGGACCGGAGUUGAUUACCCUCAACGAUAAUCAGUGGCACCAGCUCUGUACUUACCAGGAGAUCGUCUUUGCCAGAACAACGCCUGAUCAGAAACUGCGAAUUGUAAAAGAAUUCCAGUCUCGAGGUAAUAUAGUGGCUAUGACAGGCGAUGGUGUAAAUGAUGCACCAGCCUUGAAGGCUGCAGAUGUUGGGGUAGCACUGGGUAGUGGGUCCGACAUAGCUAUCGAGGCUGCAGAUAUGGUCCUAUUGGACUCAUUCGCCGCUAUCGUUGAGGCUGUUAAAUAUGGCCGUGUCACCUUUGACAACUUGAAGAAAACUAUCUGCUACCUUCUACCAGCCGGGAGCUUUAGCGAGCUUUGCUUUAUCGUCAUUUCUUAUGGUAUUUUCUCCGGUUUUAUACUUGCUCUGAAUUUAUUCACUGAUGCUGCUGGCUCUAUUACGCUAUCUUAUGAACAACCAGAGAUGGAUGUUCUCCUUCGCCCCCCGCGCAAUCAGAAAACAGACCGACUUGUUAAUAGCCGCUUUAUUCUCCAUGCUUACGGUUUCAUUGGCGUGUAUGAGUGCCUGCUCUCAUUUAUCAUGGCUUUCUGGUAUAUGUCUAGACGUGGGAUUCCAUUUAGUGCCAUGCUUCUCAAGUUCGGCAAAAUGGACCCUCAAUAUGACCCUUCAUAUGUCACUGAAAUAUCCAACAAGGCAUCUUCCAUCUAUUUUGUUAACCUUGUUAUUCUACAAUUCUUCAAUUUGCUAGCUACCCGAACUCGGAGACUGAGUAUAUUCCAACAGCCACCGAUAUUCAAUAAACAAACACAGAACCCUCUCCUCUUUGUGGCUAUGCUAUUUUCACUUAUGAUCAUUUUCAUCUUCUGCUAUAUCCCUGGAGUUCAGAACACUGUGGCUACGGCAACGGUUCCAGUGGAGCAUUUCUUUCUUCCUAUAGCUUUUGGGUUAGGUCUCCUCCUGCUAGAUGAGACAAGAAAGUAUUUUGUUCGCAAAUACCCGAAGGGCUUAUUGGCAAGACUUGCUUGGUAG